CUCGAUCACUUCUCGGCAACGUCCAUUGAGGUGGCAGGAUCGUGUUGUUGUCAGACGAGGCCUCCGGGGGGUGCAUCGCGAGGGCACCGAGGGUGUCGAUGGCCCUCGCACAUGCCUUGAUGACACGAGCGAGGCGCUUGGCGCGCUUCGGGUCGUCUGCGAGCAACGACUUUUGUAGCUUUUCAAAGUCUUGUUGCAGCAUGCGAUGCCGAUAUUGCCUGUCGUGCUGCACCGCCUCGGACGUAAUGGACGGCCUUCGGUGGUACCUGGGGGGCGGAGGAGGCGGGGGCUGUGCCUCGGACGAGCUCAAGGCAGCAGACGCUGCCGCCGCAGGGGCCGGUAGCCAGCGGGGAGAAAUCGGCAUGCCGGCAACCGCGGGGAAGGUGGUGGUGGCGACUGUGGAAGGCGCUAUCUGGACCUUGGGGCUGAGCGGCGAGUACGUCGUAGCUGGCGACGUGUGGUGGAGUCGGGCGAGCAGACUCGCACGUUUCGAUUCAAACGUCGAUGCCGGCACAAGUGCUGGCUGCGCCGCGACAAUCGAUGGCCGAUGACUGCUACGUGGCGACGCAAACAAGUCCUCUCGCAGCCGCCGUCCGCUUCCAACAAGAGCGAGCAUGGGUUGGCCUGUCGUUUCCGACGGGACUGUGAGAUCUCGCGGAUCGACGAGGACUUCAUGCCGUGGAUCGCUGGGCGCUUCGUUAGGGAGGUUGUUGGGUGCUCGCAUUGGUGGUUUCGACGGGAUCGUUGUUGGAUCUUGACCGUGAUGCAGGGUGAGGUGAGGGGCUGGCGGUGGCAUGAUGUCCAUCGUCGCCGCCGUUGUCUUGUUUCGCUUCGCUUUGGUCGAUUGGUACGCCAUCGUGGCGCUGCUGUGGUCGAGAGCAGACACGUCCGCACCAUCCAUCCACGGCUUUGUCGGGAAUACUGUCGACGGCCCAUCCUUGGCUGGCACUGACGCGCUGGCGCGACGAACUAGCGCCUUUGCUUCGUCGACUCGGUAGUCUCCUUCCGACAGCGCCGCGCCACUGCAUUCCGAGUACUCGACCGACGACGCAGUUCGAGACAUGCUGCCGCGAAUCAUGCUGCCAUCGUCGCUCUCGGAAGCUACGUCGGUCGGACGUCCCGCCGCCGACGACGCGCGGAAAUGGUGUCGCCGGCCCUGCUGCUGCUGCUUCUUUUUCUUCUUCAUAGCAUCUAACUUUUGCUGUCGGUGUACUUGUUUCCGCCGCGCCGCGACCACCUGUCGCUGGCAAAACUGACUGCCUGUGUAAUCGCCUUCCAACGCAUCCACGAGCAGCUCACGCCACUUUUCGUACUGAGGAAGCGCGUCAAACUCGAGCCGCACGGCCUUGUCCAUGGGUAAGAUGAUAUCGAUCGUGGGACCGUCCAGCGGAGAUGCUGUCGGCAUCGCGCCCUUGGACCGCGGACUCAGUCGCGCGACAAGCCCGUUGCCGGCCGCGCCGUCGUACUCGACGACGACGUUCACCAUGUCCAACAUGCGGACGCGAAACACAACAUCCAUGAGGAUCGAUCCUUCUGCAAAGAAGAGAAGGUCCCCGCUUCCGACGAAAACGAGGUAGAGGCGUUGGAAUGGCUUGGAGGAAGAAGCGGACGACGACGACGGCGGCGGCAUCGCCUUAGUCGAGAGGUUCAGCUGGACGAUGGACCAGUCCUCUGUCACGACCGGCAUCACAGGGAUGCGGUGGUGAGCGGCAAGGUGGUCGGCAAACUCGUGUUUUUCAGCG